AUGUGGAUGGAGCGGAGCUGCCUUCAGCAAAGCAAGAAAAUGGAUUGCGAAGAGGAGGUCUUCAGGAGGAGAGGAAAGAAGAGGAGAAUCACAUUUUUGGAGGAUGAGGAAUCGUCCAGCAAGAAGAGCCAGGGAGAGAAGAGAACUGGCUCUGAGGAGGGGAUCGUCUCCCAAAAGACAGAUCAUCAAGGCCAGAGAGAAGAACAGGAAGAGGAAAAGGAGGUCCUUGACAGAAGAAAUGGAGCCAAGAGGAGAAGAGAAAACUCUUCAAUCAAGAAAGAAGAGGGGAACUCCAGGGGCUUAGGAAACAGCAAUGGUCGGCCAUCCCACCCCACCAGCACAAUCUCUGACAACAUCCAGAGAUUCAUUUUCCAUCAUGUGCUUGGUCGGGGAAGUUUUGGAAAGGUGGUGCUGGCAGAGGACAAGUAUACCCACCAGCAAUUUGCCGUAAAAGUCAUCACAAAGCGAGACCUGCUUGCUGAAGGAGAAGAGCACGCAAUGGUAGAGCGGCGAGUGUUACAACUUGCAUCUGGCUGCCCCUUCCUUCUUCAUGGCACAUUUGCAUUCCAGACCAAGCUGGCACUACCUAUGACAACACUGGACAAACCCUGGGGACCAGGCAAUGUGCCUAAAAAAUUUGGGGCUGACUUUGGGUUAUUGAAGUCUAUGGAACAUCUUACUUGCGCCUGGAGUGGUCCAACUGGGUCAACUGGUCCAACUGGGUCCUAA